GAUAGCACAGUUUGAUUAGCAAAAGUUUUCUUUGCAAAAGUUUCCUCGAAUUUUUCGUCAAAUGUCCGUCAACUUCGGGCUUUUCCGUUUUUGACGGCAAUUUAUAUACAAUUUUACGUAAAUUUACUACCCGAAUUAGAAUGCAAAUUGUCUUCAAAAAUGGAAUAGCUUAAAGUUUGGCGAAAAAUUCAAGAAAACUUGUAUUAGGGUUUUUUGUAGUAAAGAAAUUUACUUCUAAAUUGAGUAAAAAUUGACCGCAAAUUUUAAUUUUCAACUUGUGCUGUCAAAUUGUCGGCGAUUCGGGCAGUAAAUUUUGGGAAUUUCAAUUGUCACAUUACUGUCAAAUAAGCUAAACUGGCUGGAAAAAUCGUAUUCCUCGUGGCAAACAGCAAGUUGACAAGUCACAAUAGUAUCCAUUCAUUCACCCAAGUUAUUCUUGGUAAGCAGAAGCAACAGAAGGGUGGCCAAGGCGAGUAAACCACCAUAGUUAUUAUUACUUUUUACUGUAAUCUCAUUGUUGAUGUGCAUUAGAAAAUUACAUUAAUUGUGUUCAUUGCAAAAAAAAAAAUAAAAGUUGUAUUAAUUAAAGUCGUGUCAAGUUAAGAUGCCUAUCAGAAAAAUAGAACCUAACGUUCACAAAACUGUUGAUACAUGGGUAAUAAACAACAUAAAUCAACUGAUUGAUAGCGUAGGCCACGGCCUGUAUGAGAUGAAACCCAUCACUGUGGAUCAUGAAUUCUCAUCAGAAGUUAGAGGUCAAGUCAGCACGUGGAAGGUCCAGUUGAGUAUAAACUCUAAAUCUCUAUCCGGACUGGAAUUAUUAUUCACGCCUAUAAACGGAGUGCAUAAUGUCACCUGUAACUUUUACUUGGUUGACAUCGGCAAAAAUCAUCUGUUCGUUGGACGAAGUAACGAGAGAGCCAAUAUUCAAGAAGAUAACUAUCGCUCGCAUUUCGGCGUUUCUAUUUGUCUCAAUACAUUGCGAACAAAAGAAGAAUUGUUUCCAAAUGAUACCAUGACACUGCACAUAGAACUCUUAACUUACUUGGAUGAUAAUCCUACAUUUCCUUUUCUAAACUUGGUUUCAACUAAAGUUCUAAAUGUCGAUUUACCAAGUGAUUUCUUGAAGUUAUAUAACAGUCGGCAAGAUAGCGGUGAUGUUAUUAUACAGGUGCAGAAUAUUGAAUUUCCAGUGCAUAGAUGUGUUUUAGAAGCAAGAUGUCCUGCAUUGUACGAAGAUGUUGCUCGUUAUCAACAAACACCUGGCAGCAGUAACAGUAUUGUAUUAACUGUUGAGGAUAUAGAUCCAGAGAUAUUUAAAAGAGUUGUAGAAUACAUCUAUACUGACAAGGUCAAUGACCUAGAUGAUCAUUCAGAGUAUUUGCUAGAAGCUGCUGAUAAAUAUAAAUUAAAGAAGCUGAAAACAAUGUGCGGAAUGUCGCUCAUCAGAAACUACCUUACUUUCGAAAGUUCUUCUGAGCUGUUAGAUUUAGCUAUUCGUUGUAACAUUGAAGGAUUAAAAUUCGCCGCCAGGACUGUUUCGGGAAGUAAAGAGGAUGUUAUAGUCAGUAGUGAUACUCUACCUUAUUAUAACUUCGAAUUCAGUCAUUCAUGGUCCGCAAUUUACGAAGUCAAAAGUCGUAAUUUUUGUUCAUAACGAUAACAUUUUUGGUCAUGAAAAUUUUUAUUAUUAUAAAUUAAUGACUGAUUAGGGGAGCCCCGGUCACCUAAGAAAUAAACCUUCAAAAUUUUUCGAAUUAUCCUUAUUAGAUCAUAAAACGGUCGUUAUCUUAUUCUAUGGAGUAUAGAGAACCAAAUACACAUACUUAAAAAUGAAAGUAUAAAAGUAAAUAGAAAUAUUUGAUGAAUUAAAAAAAUUGUAAGUUUGACCGGGCGACCCGACGUGUCAUUUGGCGGGUCAUCCCGGUCACUGUUAAUUUCAAAUCAAAAAUUAAGAAUCUAAAGUCGUAUUGCUGAAAUUUCAUCAAAUUAAAAUUUUAUUUGGUCAACUGAAACUUAAGAAGUAAAGAAAAAAAUGUAAAAUUAAUAAUUAACAUUUAACUUUUUUUCCGUUUUCCGUACUCGCUUACGAGGUAUCUAUAAUUUAUUUAUUUGUCCACUAAUAUUGUAACAAAAAUGUUACGAUGUUGUAGAAGAAAAUGCCCCUGAUGAAUAAAAAAAUUUUUAGCUUAAAUUUCAAGAAAGCUUACCUUAAUUGAUUAAUUGCUUAUUGAAUAAGAUAUUGGUUAAUAUUUUUAUUAAACAAACACACGAAUUGUCAGACAAAAAAAACAAGUGAAUGAAUUGACCGUUGUGACCCCGUAACUUUGAUCGGUACGACCCCAACUAAUUUUUGAGAAAAUAAACUGAAUUUAAAAAAAAAGGAUUGAAAAUUAUACUUUUAUAAAAAAUAAAAUGGAGGAAGAAAUGUCUGUAGAUUAUAUACAUAUCAAUUAUAAGCUCUUUUUUUUCUUGUAAAAUAUAUAAAAAAAACCUUAUGAUGUCCUUGACUUUUUGAUCAAAAGUCGAUCAAUUUUUUAUUUAUUAAUUAUUAUUAAUAAGUAAUUAAUUUUUAACGUUAGGGCUCAUUAAUUACCUCUAAUUCAAUGAGAGUAUAAAAUAAAAUUAAAUUCAAAAUCUAUUAUAUGAUAGACUUUUCAAAAUUUGGGUGAUUAAACUUAACUUCUGUUUGCGUUUCUUCAUUGCUGCUACAUCCUUGAAUGAAAAC